GAAAAACUGUCUUGAGACUUUCGAUAUAGAAGGAUAAGUGGAUAAAAUCGAUUUUGCUCAAUUUAAAUUAAGUUUCGUCGUAAAGUUGUUGUGAAAAAAUUUUGUAAAAUACAUAAAUGAACACAUUCAAAUUCAAAUUUUAUCUGCUUUAUACAACUUUGUAGUUUAAACGGAGGUUAUUUCUUAUGUUUAGCACAAGGCAAGUUUCGCAACUCAUUUUACAUAUCCACAGCCAAUAUCCAUGCACACGUUUCACCUGAGUUCCAAAUUCGUGAUCAUAAAAAUGACGCUGGAAUAAUUCCAAAAUUAAUUAAUCUGACUCUUGAAUAGAUGCGGAUACUCCCAGCCUUCAGCUGUUAACAUUCUAUGUUUCUUGCCAUUUUCAUUAUUACACAACACACCAGUAUUAGCUUAAUAAAAAGACAAAACAAGCAAAUGGAAACCAUAAAUUAUAUGGCACUUAAAAUAAACGAACUUUCUAAAAAGAAUUUCUCUACGAAUUAAAUGCAGGAGAGAUCGAAAGAUGAAGCGUAAGCAAAAAUAAUAGCCACAGCUAUGAAGUGUUUGCAGCAGAAUUUAAAUUAAAUAAACAAGUUUCAAAAUCAUUUUGAGUUAUUUAGAACAGAUUGAGUUAUAUUAGUUAAAUAAACAAAAAAAUAUUAGUUACAUUUAAAACAACAAUCGUUGUAUAAAAAAAUUCUACAAAACAAACCUCAAAAAACACGUCGAAAAAAAAUUUGAAUUGAAAGUUCAUUAAUUGUGCAACUAAAAACAAAUCAAGGUCAAUUUGGUCAAACAUACAUGGACGCGCAUGCGCUCACACUUCGCUGUUGCCUCUCGUGUCAAACAUUGAAUGCAUCACGCAAAUGACUAUUCAGUAGCUAUCAGCUUUCAAGUCCAUAAAAUAGUUAGUUGCUGUCCAAAUAAAAAGCAAUUAGUCGCUCAUAAACGAUAAAGUUACUUGUUGAAGUUAAUUAAAGUAAUUUAAUUAAAAUAAUUAAUUUUAUAUAAAAUUAAAAUUGAUGUCAAAUGUUUAUCAGUUUUUUUUUUUGUAUGAUUUCUAAGCAUUGAUACACAUCAAUACAUAUCUACAUAUAUGCAAUAUAUGCAAUAUAUAAAAAAAAAACUUGCACUGAAAAGGUGGCUCUGGAGGUAUAGUGCCCAAAAAAUAAGGUGACAUUUGAAUUUAAACUGCCCGGAGGAGAAGGCGCAGAAGAGGUGGGCAACGCCCCCUCCCAGAUGCUGGCCAACCCAGCGGGUGUGAGGAUCCACGCAGGAAAGGGAUGAGUGGCUCCACCAUGAGGUGGUACUUACGGCACCUCCGCGAUGGAAAAACCCCGGAGGCGGUGGAGGCUCUAGCCAGGAGCAAGAGCCAAUGGAGCAACGUAACCCCGGCAAAUGGGCGCGACAACAACGUGCCAGCUCGCGCGCAGGGCAGCGGUAGCCGCGGCCGAACAACGCUGACCGUAAGGCGGGGCGACAGCAGGGCAUUGUCCGCAGGCCCCUGUGCUCAGGUCGAAAAGCGGAAAAGCGGCCAAAUCACGCCGCAGGAGCCCCCCCGAUCCAAGAGGGUGUGGGGCGCAGACGCAAAGGCAGCCGGGGGCCAACAAUCUGGACCGGCUCCUCACCGGGUGGAAGAGGGGCGGCGCGGGUAUGCGGAUUCUGUUAGAGGCAUCCGCAUGGCUGUUCUGCCUUCCAAAUACCCGGCGGAGUCGCUGAAACCGGAGGAGCUCACCGUGCUGCAGGACAUCCUCAUGGACGAGGUGUCUAAAGGAGUGGAUUACACGGCGUUCUUCCUGGGCAUCGACUUCAGGGGAGGCAUGAUGCAGGUAGACUGCCACGACGAGGCGUCCACUGACUGGCUGAGGGAACACGCUCCAAAGCUGGAAGGCUGGACGGGCCCUGUCCUCUGUGCGAAGAGGGUGGAAGAUGUGCCAAUCAUGCACAGCAUGACAAUAUUCCUCCCUGGGAGUGGGGACAAGACCUACGAGCACGCCUUGGGCCUGGUGAGGAACCAGAACAGGGGACUCAGCAUCUCGGCCUGGUGUGUUGCCGGCAGCAGAAAGGAGAAGCUAGGUGACAUGGAAGGAUGGAGUUUGCACGUAUAUAAACGACGAGUCAUAUAAGUAUGUCCGGGCCGCGAGCUUCCGCCUGUUCUACAGGUACAGCACGGUCGUCAUGCGGCUCUACAACCCUGCUGACACCGGGAGCAAGGAAGCCAAGACGCCCGCACCUCCACGGGACAAGGGCGUCGAUAGCCAGGCAGUGCCGGAGUCCGCCCCGGAAGGAACAAAGAUGGAGGUGAACGAGUCAUCGGAGCAGGCCUGCGGGAGCAGGUCUGGACAGGCAGGGCCAGGAACGACCACAGACGUCCCCGAUGAUGGCCGGAACAUGGAGCUACCCUCAAAGCAGGAGCUUCUGAACGGACUUGGAGGCCCAAUGGACAGCAACGCGGUUGACGGCGGGGUAGAGGAUCUUUCUUUCCUCGAGCCCAGAUUGUGAUGGCCGUCAACAUGGAAAUUGCCCAAGUGAACCUGCAUCAUGCGGCGGCAGCCUCAGCUGUCAUAACAAGCAGCUUCACUGCGGAGAAACUGGGCACACUGCUGGGUCUAUAAAGGAGAGGUAAAGGGCCUUAAGACGGAGGCAAACAAGAGUUUCUGACGCAGGAUUUGGUGGCGGUGCAGACUAGGGACACUGAGGACAAAGACUUUGUCCUGACCUCUGCUUACUUUCCAGGAGAGGCAGCAACGGCACCCCCGGAGGCGGUGGAAAGGCUGGUAGAGCACUGCAGUCUACACAAGCUCCCCCUUAUCAACGGCUGCGACGCGAACCCCCACCAUACGGAAUGGGGCAGCACCGACUGCAACGCGAGAGUUUGAUUCUGCUCUCUACACGAUGAAGGCCGCAUUGCUUGUCCUAUUUGCCGUUGGCUUGUCAUCAGCCAGAACUAUAACUUACCACAACGUAAACAUAUCUAGCGAUCAACCCAUUUCUGACGAGGAUUUAUUAAAAAAUUGGGCUCAAUCCAUCGAGGUGUUCGAUCAAAGCUUGGACGACUACAUAGACUGGGUGUCUUUUGACAAAAUGUUCGAAGAAAUGAUCAAUCAUAGUGGGCAAUAUAGCGUCUGGAGUAUAGGGAAUAUUAGAGCCUAUUUUCUUAAAAGCCGUGAUCUUUAUUACGACGCAGUAGCUAGUGUAUUCGAAUGGUGUUCUUUAAUCGACACUAUGAUGACGGCAUUUGUUAGCUUAUAUGAAGAUUAUAGCGACGAAACUAAAGAGCAACAAAAAGAGUUGAUUGUAGCAAGUUUAGAUGAUGGAAUAAACAGAAUGGGAAAAGCUAUCGGUCUUUUAGAUGACAGUCGAAAUCAUGUUAAUACUGGUAUUGUAGACUUGACGAACGUCAUAUCUAACGUUUCUGCAGCUUUUAGAAGAGAUGAAAGUGAGCAUACGACUCAAAUUAAUAAUUUAGAUAAGAGUGCUAUGAAUUCUUUGAGUCAAAGUUUUUUUGGGGGAAUAAUAAGCCUCAUUAUGACGGAAACAGUAUAUAAACCCGAAGCACGGAAAAAAUUCGAGAAAAUUGAGGGAUCAUUUAAUUUCAUGAGAGAUAAAAUUCAAAACGCGAUCAGAAAGGCCUUAGAAAUUAAGGAAAAAUUGUCACAAGAAGUAAUAUACAUAUCAGGACUAAGAGGAACGGUUAAGGGAAAUAAACUCAUUUUCUCUGAAUCGUUUCGAAUUCGUAUUGUAACAACUGCUGUUAAUAAAUUGAAAGGUCAAUGCAGCGCUUAUCAAACGAGACAUGGAAAAAAGCAAUAAGAAAAUUUUGCCAAUUUAUAUUUGAAAUUACAUUAUGUUGGUAAUUUUUAAUUCCUUUUCUCUCAAGUAAUGUUAUAAAUUGUACGAAAAAAGAUGUUUCAAUAAAGUUUUUACCUCAAUUUAUCCUACUCAAGUCAUGUAUUUUGCAAUUUUCAUAAUCUUAAUAGGAAUAAAUACCAUUUAGACAGUUUGGUGUCGUUUCACUGCAUGACUGAAGACCAUGAAAGUAUAGUGAAUCUUUUGAAUGUGCAUCACUUAGAUAUACAUAAGUUGAUGGUUCCAUCCAUCCAUCAUGUGUUACCAGUCUUUCUGUAACAUCCCAAUAAAUCGUUGAGCUUGGUGCUGCUCUUGCUCUAGACAUUUGCACGACAUUGCAUUGCUCGACAUAGUAUUCUCGAGUCGUACAAUCAUAACUUGUCCAAAUACCUUCGCAUUUGCCACCGAUGAUCAGAUUUGUUGUCGUCAAUUUUAAAUUUUCAUUUAUACCAAUGCCCAUUGGUGAAGGCAGCACUACACUAAUAUUGCUUGUACUUAUCAGCUUCUUUAACCGAGUCAUGUCUUUAUGGGCAUUAAUUGAAGCUAUUAGAUUACGUCCUAUAUUCAGCACAAAUUUUUCAUCAAAAUCAUUGUCAUAUGAGUUCGAUUUGAAUUGACUUUCACUCCACAUCGAUUAUUAUCAGAGCGAUGAUUCGAUUCCAUUGUUAUUUAUUUAAAACUAGUCGAUAUUGUGGUAAUUUUAUUGAGUGAUAUGAGCAAUUCAUCUUGAAAACUCUGCAAAACUGCAUGACUCGGCAACAAAUUCAUUGUUCGUUCAUCUGUGUCUGCACAGUCAAUCAAAAUUCAUGCAAUCACUCCGCAUUUGAAAAAGUCUGCAAAGCCCUCAACUUGUGCUGUAAUUUUUUGUGUUAUCCACGUCAUCUUACAGUAUUGAGCAUUCUUGAAAAAAUUUAGGUACUACUCCAGAACAGCGGUUCUUCUCUUUUCUGCACAGGUACCGAUUUUACUGACGUCAUGAGCGUCUCUCAUUCCAGUAUAUAUAGCCCCUACUUAUAUUGGCAGAUUACUGCAAUUACAAAACAGAAAUACCCAGAGUGGUAUAGCGAGGCUGGAGAUUGCCUCGAACAUAGGCAUCAAUUUUUAGAUUUUUUAAUAACAGUUUUACUGUUUAAAAACGCGAAAUGGCUGGCACACCAGCAGGAAGCGCUUCAUAAAAAUGAAGUUAGGGCGAGGUAUUACAACAAAAGAGAGAAGUUAAAAAAACUGGUAACGUAGAUUGUAGGCCAUAUUCAAUUUCUAGUAACUUCCGUUGGAUAAAAGGUAAAAGAAAUACAUACAAUGACUUCGUUCUUUUUUCUCUCAUUUCAGAUUCUUCAAAAACUAAUAAAACUAAUUUUCUUUCAGGGUAGAAUUAAGUUGUAAAUAGUUUGUAGUAGUAGUUUUAGUAUUAGUUAUUGUUAGUUUGUAGUUAGUUUUAGUAGUAGUUACGUAGUACACGAGCCAAGUAAGAAA